AUGGAGGAAACCUACCUGCUGAAUGUGGAAGGGGUCAAAAAGAAGAUUCUGCAUGGAGGCCGAGGGGAGCUGCCAAAGUUGCAGGAUGGGAGCAAGAUCACCUUCCACUUCCAGACGCUGAAGGAUAACUUUGAGCGGACAGUGAUCGAUGACAGCCGGGAAGCUGGCAUGCCCAUGGAGAUCAUCGUGGGCAAGAUGUUCAAGCUGGAGAUAUGGGAGACGCUGCUCAGCUCCAUGAGAGUUGGGGAGGUGGCAGAGUUCUGGUGCGACAUCAUCCACACGGGCAUGUAUGCCCUGGUCUCCAAGGGCAUGCGGAGGAUUGCAGAGGGCCGAGACCCCCUGGAAGGGCAGAAGCACCGUUGUGGCAUGGGCAAUAUGUUUGACUACCACAGCACGGGCUACGAUGACCUGGAUGAGCUGCAGCGGACACCACAGCCUCUCAUCUUCAUCAUGGAGUUGUUCCGGGUGGAGGACCCCUCAGCAUACAAGCGUGACACCUGGGCCAUGAACAAGGAGGAGAAGCUGGCAGCAGUGCCUGUGCUGCACAGCGAGGGCAACCGCCUCGUCCUCCGCAGGGAGUUUGCACAGGCAGCAGCCAAGUACCAAGAGGCUGUCAUCUGCCUGAGGAACCUCCAGGCCAAGCCACUAUUUCUCCCAUGGGAGGAUGACUGGCUGAAGCUGGAGAGCCUGGUCACGCCGCUGGUGCUCAACUAUUGCCAAUGCCAGCUGGAGCUUGGCGAGUACUACGAGGUGCUGGAGCACACGACAGAGCUUCUCCAGAAGCACAAUGACAACGCCAAGGCCUAUUUCAAGCGGGCAAAGGCCCAUGCUGCUGUCUGGAAUGAGCGGGAGGCAAGGGAGGACUUCCUGCGUGUGGCUCACCUUGACCCCUCCAUGGCAGCGGCUGUGAAGAAGGAGCUGAAGCAGCUGGGGGAGAGGAUGAGGAAGAAGCACGUAGAGGAUCGGAAGCGCUACCAGGGACUCUUCCAGUCACCCAAG